AGAAGCCGGUUCGAACGGCCACGUCUGCGAUGAGCUCUGCUGGAAACAGCGCAUCGGCCCUUGGCCGAGGAUUCCACCCCCCGUCAACUACUGAUUCCGGUAAUUAUAAGGUCGUUCUCCCUCGUCUACCAACUGGCAAUACCGUUCUCAACUCAGUUUUCCUGCAUGCUGACCUGGCAGGGCGGCCAUAUCGCGCCCCGGACUUUCGCGAUGCACCAAUUUCAGUUCUGAAUGCAGCUGAUAUCCUCGGUGCUGGACAGUACCAGAUGAGCCAUUUGUGGCUAGUAACAUGCGUUAAUAGCAUCGCGAAACAGAAACUUGUCGACAAAGGCGAGCUGCUGGUGAAGGGCCUCAAGUGCCUUGUCAUAGACCCAGAAUGCAAAAAUAUCAAGAUGAAGCUUCUUUGGCUUCCCCCACACCUCGAACAGAGACGGAUUGUUGAAGCGCUAGAACCUUAUGGAACAGUGCAGUCUAUCACGAGAGAAAUGUGGCAGUGUGACGGCAUGGAGGGCUGGCAAAUGACUAAUCGCGACGUGGCGUUUACACUGAAGGACGGAGCCUCUGCCAGUAAUCUGCCUCACCUAUUGAGCAUAUACGGACACCAGUGCCUCAUCUUGGUUCCUGGCCGACCACCACUUUGCCUACGGUGCAACAGAGUCGGGCAUAUCCGGCGACAAUGUAGGACACCACGCUGCAGCAACUGUCACCGCUACGGUCACAUUGCAGAUGCAUGCAUCGGAACCUACGCUGACAAGCUUCGUGGAAACAGACCAGCUGAGGAUGAGACCAUCACCGAUCAUCUAAUGGAUGUGAGCGAGGUUGUGGAUGCGACCGGUGAAACACCCACUGAAGCUCAUCGACAGGAAGAGACAAAGCCUUCAUCGGCUGACGAUAGCCUUAGCCCGAAGCCUGCCGCUGUGGAGGAUACUAAGUUGCCUGACGACGAACCAACUAUGUCAUGGGCAGAAUUGCCACCAGUUCAAGACCGCCCGCCAUCAGUGGAAUCUGGAUUGAUGUGUGAGGCUACUAAGAAGCGUCCAGCGCCAGCUGACAACCCAUCGUCCGUGGGAAAGGAGGCCCGGGUUCCCAAAGUGUCAAAGUUGACAAAACCGCUCCGAGGAACGCCUGCACCCACAGAUGUCUCUUGUGUUGAAGUGCAGCAAAAGGUCGCCAGUGCAGGUGGCGAUGGAGAGCGGUCGGACGGCGUUGGAAAGAGGCCCCAACGGAAAAGUCGUCCCGUUCGCAACUCACCGGUAUGCGGCCGAUACGGCCAGCGCUGCCCGGAGCACCUGCGCGGGCUGCAAUCGCACGACGGUGUCGAGGGCCUACCUGGGCGGCAGGUGUGA